GUGCCUGCGUCCGGCCCGCGCGGUGACAGUCCCCGCAGUGCGCGCGCGACCCGGCGGCGGGACAGGCUUCCUCCUCCUCGGCCUCUCCAUUCUAGACCAAAAUUGAAACAAUGGGUGACCUUACUCAGCUAAUGGACAAUGAAGCAUUCAGGGCUUUUGCGUCCUAUGCGGCAAUUAUUCUUUCAAAAAUGAUGCUUAUGAGCACUGCAACUGCCUUCUAUAGAAUGACAAGAAAGGUUUUUGCCAACCCAGAAGACUGUGCAACAUUUGGCAAAGGAGAAAACGCCAAGAAGUAUCUUCGAACAGAUGACAGAGUAGAACGUGUACGCAGAGCCCACCUGAAUGACCUUGAAAAUAUUGUUCCAUUUCUUGGAAUUGGCCUUCUGUAUUCCCUGAGUGGUCCUGACCCCUCCAUAGCCAUCCUGCACUUCAGACUCUUUGUCGGAGCACGGAUCUACCAUACCAUUGCGUAUUUGAUGCCCCUUCCCCAGCCAAACAGAGCUUUGGGCUUUCUUGUUGGAUAUGCAGUUACUCUUUCCAUGGCUUACAGGUUGCUGAAAAGUAGAUUGUACCUGUAAAGAGAUUCAUAUAACUCAUCAUCCAGUUGGUUUCUUAAGAAUUCUCUACUUCCAAUUUAUAAUGAAUAUUUCCUUAGGUUUUAGGUAAGAGAGAAGCAGAGGAAUUAUGAACUGGGGUAAAUCCAUUUUGAAUAUUAGCAUUGCUAGUAUCCUGUACUCUUGAUUUACAUUUGGAUUAGAAAUUUAACAUAAUAAUUCUUAUGUCUUUUGUCUUUUCUUAUAAAUUUUAAUCACGUUAUGAUUUGUGACAUUCACUCAACACUGCACUUUUGAAUCUAUAAAAUAAUUGCAUGUAUGAGAAACAUUUCAAUACUGCUGAAACGGAAAUAUGAAAUAAAAAAUUUAGAGAAUGA